GACAUCGACAAGACCGAAAAUGGCGCCACCCGUUUCCUCAUUUGCGCGUUUUCGUGAAAGACAGGGUAGUUGUUCUCCGAGUUAAUUAGGGUGGAAUGUAGUCGGUUACUUUUGUCCCUAAAUCACGUUAUGCCUUAUAGGGGUGUUGAAAAUUUAUUUGUGCGUUGAGGUUUUGGUUUAACUUGAUUUAGUGCCGAUGUCAAGCGACGGAAAGCCCAUCGUUGGUUCCCGAGUGAAUCAGCUAGAUGCCGAGGAACUUGAUGGAGAGCUGUUUACGUUGUUCAAGGCGAAGCUGGCCGAUGUAUUCAAGCACGUCGAUGGCAGCUUCUACCCGACCUAUGAGCCGGAAAUAAAAGCCAUCCUGAAGGCCCUGCUGUAUGGAUUCACGGUGUGGGACUGCGGAUCUACGGUGGGACAGCGCCUCCUGGGCCUGGAGUACUUUGCCGGGCGGGGCACCGUGAAACGGGCCUCUCGGGCCCAGAUCCUGGCACUGGUCUCUCUUGGCACGCUGCUGCCCUGGCUCCGGGAGCGCUGUCUGGGAGUUGGCCUGCGGCGGCUCUCAUACCACCGGCGCUGUCAGGUGGAGCGCGGACUGGGUCACCUGGAAACAGCCGUGAGGGUGGCCUCCGUGGCCAACUUCGUGCUUUUCCUGCUUCGAGGAACAUACUGCUCUCUGUCUGCCAGGCUCACGGGGGUCAUCAGCGGUCAUGCACAGCGACCAAUGAUCCGCGAGGUGCAGUUUGAUUUCAUGAAUAGAGAACUCCUGUGGCAUGGCCUUGCGGAGUUUGUGGGCUUCCUUCUGCCACUGGUGAACAUCUACCCAGCAAAGAACUUUGUGGUUCGGAAGCUCCUGCACCGCAAGAUGUCUCCGACAUCGCCUUACGAGAGGACGCCGAGUGAUCUCGCACAUUGUGGCAUUUGCGCUGUAGCACCCACUCAGCCCCACGAGAUCGGCUGUAGGCACGUCUUCUGCUAUUACUGCAUUGCGAGCCAGGUAACUGCGGACCCCAACUUCACCUGCCCGCUGUGCAAUUGUCCCUCGCUCGGCCUGGAAAACCUGAGGGAGGCGGCAUUGUCAUUGAAGCAAAAUUGAGGGCGGACAUCAGGACGGAAAUCAAAUGAUUGAACACCGGAAACGGAAAGCCCGCAGUCAGCGGGCAGGACGGACACAUCAAGAUUGCAAGAGGGUCUUCUCCCCCUUGCUGUAUCUCCAGGGCAGCAGAUUGGAGGAAGGGGCCCUCGCUCCGUGAUAAUGUCAGGUGUCUUUCAGUGUCGAGGAUAAGAUUAGAUAUGUACAGUAUAUACAACUCGUUGCCAAAGCGAUCGUCAAAAAAGAACUCCUUCCGUCAGGCCCAGCAAGGUCACCGCUUCUUUGGUCUUCCUGGAAAAGGAAGCAGGGCGACACUUAUGAUGCCAACAGUCGGGAGAUAAACCGUCGUAAAAACAGCUAAAUUAUGAGGGGGUGAAGGGGGAAGGGCAUCCUAAGGGAUCUCUUCCCCUCGACGCACACCUAACUACGGGUGUGAGACAGCUGCAUUUCAACUGAUUGGGAUUCUGCUGGAUAAGUGAAGGUGAUGAGAACAAUGCUGGAAAUUUCGGCCAAAUAAUACUUUUUUGCUGAGUGAAGUUUGCAAUGGAUUGGAGACAUUGUUAAGAACACCUCCGAAAUUUAUUUUGCAAUUGAGUUUGAAAUAACUGGUGCAUAAUUUAAGAAGCAAGAAAGGUUCUGUGGGUUCGCACAAGAACAGUUCAGGAUCGGGUCUGCCUGAAGUGGGCCAAUGAAACAAAAAAAGAAAAAAAAAAAAA